AUGCUUGAACCGACUGAUCUAAACGGCUGCGCGCUAAUGUCGGAUUUUGUGCUGAUCGGUGUGCAUGGUACGACACAACGAGUGUGGCAGUGUGGUGCGCCUAUGCAGGUUAAGAGGAUUACGCCUCCGCCACCUUUCCCCAAACGGCUUUUCGUUUACUGCCACAAAGUCCCCUAUGAUCUCAAGCCAUCGCCCCAAAGGCGCCGUCUCCCUUUGGCAUCCUGGUUAUUUCCGGGGCUUCCAGAUUCCAGAUUGGGAAAGGAAACGUCAUGCCAAUGCUGGAUAAAGACUGCGAGGUCACAUCGAUUCGAAAUGGAUGAGGUGAGAAGGGGACUUGCCUUGGAUAGGAGGACCCUGAUGAUUGGUCGCCCCAUAUUUCCCGGCCCGUUCGAAAGACGUAAGACUGUGGAUAUAUGA